AUGCCCCGCCUCGCCCUCAUCCGCGCAUCUCCUUCCGUCUGUAUCCAACAUGCCGCAUUCCACAGUACCCCUGCGCUCUUCUCCAAAGCUCUUCCGCCACGGCCCGUACUCGUUGAAUCAGAUCUGAUAGAGAACUUUCUCAAGGGCUCUGGUCCCGGUGGUCAAAAAAUCAACAAGACAUCAUCUGCCGUGCAACUCAAGCACAUCCCCACAGGCAUUGUCGUUAAAUAUCAAGAUACGCGGUCGAGAGAGAUUAAUCGGAAGAUGGCAAGACGAAUCCUGCAGGACCGCAUUGAGGAGAUGGAGCUAGGAGAGGAUGCUAGGACAAAGGUCAAGGCGAGAGAGAAGAGUAAGAAGAAGGCAAGCGCGGCGAAGAAGUCGAAGAGGAAAUACAGAGCAUUGGAGGAAGCGAAACAGAGUGGGAAAGAGGAUGCGUCUGCGGAUGAGGAUGCUGAUCUGGAAGUGGAGGAAGGUCAGGCUGCUGCGCCAGACUCGCUGAGAGCUAGCGAUGUAAGCAAGGCCGCAGGUGAUUGA